AUGUCCUCUGUUUAUACCAGAAGGAAGCUUUCCAAUUUCACCAAUAAUAAAAAUGAUACAUUAUCAGUGUGUACAUUCAACGUUCUAGCACCGUGUUAUAAACGUUUAUCAUCUGAAUAUGAUCGUGAAAGUUCAUAUGAUACAUUAUGGCAAAAACGUCACUUAUCAAUAAUAAAUCUUCUUCAAUCGCUUGAUAUUCAUCUUAUUUGUCUACAAGAAUUUUGGUUUAAAAAUCCAUCAUUUAUUCAAUUAUAUAAAUCAAAUUUAUUAUCAAAAUAUUCAUUUUAUACACUUCGACGAACAGGUUUACUUGAUGACGGCUUAGCUAUUCUUGUUGAUUCGAAUCAUUUUAAGGUUCUCGAUAAAUAUGAAUUGAUAUUAAAUGAUAUUGGAGAUCGUAUUGGACUGUUACUUAAUCUUGAAUUUAAUGGAAAAAAUUUACUUCUAAUUAAUAUUCAUUUAACAUUUCCACAUCACAGAUUUGAAAGCCGAUUAAGGCUAAAACAAAUGAAAAAGUUUCUUGAAUUAAUACACAAUUAUCAAAUAUCAAAAAAUCUUUUAAAUAAGUGUACACUUAUUUUAUGCGGAGAUUUUAAUUCAUCAUAUCAUAAGGAUGAUGUUUAUCAAUUGAUAGAUAAACAAUUUCAAUCAUCUUACAAAUUUAUACAUGGAAAUGAACCUAAUGUUACACAUUUAACACACAGAAAUGAACAAUUAGGAGUAGAUUUUAUUUUUUAUAAAUCAGAUAUUCUUCUACCGGUAUCAAGUGAACUAAUACCACGUGGUUGUAAUUCUUUAACAUGGAGUGAUCAGGGUGAAUGGAAUUUAAGUGAUCAUCGUGCAAUUCUUACGAUGUUCAAAUACAAAAACAAUCAAUAA